AGCCACUUCGUUGAGCUAUCGUGUGUGGCUAGAUCGCUUCUGAAAAAGAGCUAAAUAGUUCAGUGGGCCUUGCCUGGUAAAGUAAAAAAAAUAUUAACAAUUUUUAGAUCCGCACACGUAGACACUCGCUGUGGCGUGUCGACACACUCGCACGUUGGCACAUUCACAGUGGCACACGCUGGCACAGACAACACUGCCAUAUAUAUGCCGGCAUAUUCACACACUGGCACAGAUACACUGACACUCAGACACAUUCGCCUUUGUGUCUCCAGUGGUGACUCUUACACCUCAACAGGUAUUCAUUUAAGGCUGAGACGACCGAGCGGAAGUCCAGGACUGCUCCCCGCCGUGCCUGCCCCGCCACUUCGACUCUGCGUGAGAGAGUAAAGCGAGGCCGCGGACGAGGUGUUGUCACGUGAUGGAGGAGAAGACAAGGACAAGAGUCUUUAAGAAGAACAGCCCUAACGGGAAGCUCACGGUUUACCUGGGCAAAAGGGACUUUGUGGAUCACCUGGAUCACGUGGACCCUGUGGACGGCGUCGUUCUGGUGGAGCCCGAUUACCUUAAGGAGAGAAAAGUGUUCGUGGCGCUGGCGUGCGUGUUCCGCUAUGGCCGUGAGGAUUUGGACGUCCUGGGUCUCUCCUUCAGGAAGGAGCUCUUCACACGCACCGCGCAGGUGUUCCCCCGAGAUGGUGGCGAGAACGGGGGCUCCCCACCAACACGUCUGCAGGAGCGUCUCCUCCGCAAGCUGGGAGAGAACGCUCACCCCUUCGUCUUCCACAUCCCCCAAGACCUGCCGUGCUCCGUUACGCUUCAGCCUGGGCCAGAGGACACAGGGAAGGCAUGUGGCGUGGACUACGACGUGAAGGCGUUCUGUGCCACCAACCCUGACGAGAAGCCGCACCACCGGAACUCGGUGUCGCUGGGCAUCAGGAAGGUUCAGUUUGCGCCUCUGCGCUCGGGGCCACAGCCGGUGGCCGAGACGCGGAGGCAGUUUCUGCUCUCAGACAAAGCGCUGCACCUGGAGGCCUCGCUCGACAAGCAGAUCUAUUACCACGGGGAGCCAAUCAGCGUGAACGUCCGCGUGACGAACUCCUCCUCGCGCUCCGUCAAGCGCAUCAAGGUGUCCGUGCGGCAGUGCGCAGACAUCUGCCUGUUCAGCACGGCUCAGUACCGGUGUCCCGUGGCGGCGGAAGAGGCAGAAGAGACGGUGGGGCCGGGUGCCACGCUGUGCCGGGAGUUCCGCCUGACUCCGCUCCUCGACAACAACCGCGACAAGCGCGGCCUGGCGCUCGACGGACAGCUACGCCAUGGCGACACCAACCUCGCCUCCUCCUCCAUAGUGAAGGAGGGAGUAAGCAAGGAGUUGCUGGGGAUCGUCGUCUCGUACCGUGUGAAGGUCAAGGUCGUGGUGGCACGCGGGGGGGAUGCCCUGGUGGAACUUCCCUUUACCCUGAUGCAUCCCAAACCCAAGGAGGAGGAGGGGAGUGGAAAGAAGAUCCCAGCUCCCCCGGAGGAAGUGCCUGUGGAGCCGGAUUCAAGGGACCUCAUGGAGUUUGACUCUCAUGACGAUGACUUUGUGUUUGAGGACUUCGCUCGCCAGCGCCUGGUGGGAAACACGGAGGACGGCUACACCUGCUAGGAGCCGACUCGUCUCGUCACGCACAUACACGUGUGUGCCGCGACCCCCGAUAACACGCGUGUGUGUGUACCGCGACUCUCCAUCACAUGCAUGUACUGAGGCCCACCCUCCCCUCCCGCCGUAGUGCUGGCGUUCAUUCACGAUGUGAGGGCCUUGAGUCACACGCGUGAUUAUUCAUGUGCCAGGCCCCCCGACACAUACACCUCGCCAUUGUUGUAAGUGUUGGGGAAUGCUCAGUGGUCAUGAGUCCCCAAACCUCCAUUGGCACUUGGGGGUUAAACGCAGCGGGGCGGUCCCCAAGGCGGUCAGCGGCACCCUUGAGCCGGUGGCAUCAGGAAUCCAUUUGUACCGACAUCUGGCGAUGACAUUGAGAUUUUGUGAUAAGAUUUGGCGAUGAUGAGAUCUGAUGAUGAUGGGAUAGACCGAGUGCAGACUGAAAAACGCCCGGGUUUGGUCUUUGAAAAUGGUUGCAACAACUCACUCACCUACCAAACCCACUCCUUCACAUAUUCACUGACUCAUUUACUCACAAACCCACUCAUUCACUCACCCUCACCCAUUCACGCACCCAGUCAUUUACUCAUUCACCCACUGACUCAGUCACCCACUCAAUCCACGACUCACCCACCCACUCACCCACUCUUCCAGCUAAUGGCUCGCUCUUCUGGCGAUGUGACAACAGCACCGUCGCUCUCCAGAGCUGUGGUUCUACUCAUGAUUUGACGCUGCUGCUGCUGUGGUGGAGGACUUGGUGUUCUGCACUUCUCGUACGGCUCCACGCCUUUCCUUUUUUAGGCCCCGCCCCUUCCCUGGGUCGUGGUGUGGGUGGGAGUGGGGCGGCUUCAUGACCAUGAUCAGAAGCAACGGCACGGUCAUAGAUGGGCACUCGUCUUGCCACGUUGACCCCGCGGGAAUUCCGCUCUCCCCCACGGCUGCCGAUUGGGAAUUCGCUUCUGUCAUUCAUUUCGGUCCGUCCCCUAUCAAUGCCCCCACGAUUCUCCACUCUGGAAUCCCCUCCCAUUCCUCUGGCAUCCGCGUAAUGGAACUGCGCACAAGAGCAUUGGUGGUCUAAUGCGCUCUACACACAUAUAUAUCCACCGCACUCCCACUGCGAGGACUCGCUUAGCGAGACGCUGACCGCUUCGUCUCGCCCACAGCGUAUUCAACCAUCACUGCGGGUCACAACAACAUACCCACCCACUCACACAUUCCACACUCACCCACAUAUUCACACAUCACCCACUCAUCCACCCACCCACACAACCACCCAUCCACUCAGCCACCUACUCGCCCACUC